GAAGUGUGUGCUGGAGGGCGCUGGAAGCGUGGGAACCCAAGCAGGGGACCCACAUGGCUUCCUGGGGUCCCACCGCGGUGCUCUUGGUGGUUCUGCCGCUGGUGCCGGUCCCUGGGCUGGGGGGAGCCGUCGCCGACGACAGCGAUUGGGUGAAGUUGCCUAGUAAAUGCGAAGUCUGCAAGAUUGUGGCUUUGGAAUUAAAAUCCUCCUUUGAGGAAACUGGCAAGACGAAGGAAGUGAUUGACACGAAGUACGGCUUCUUGGAUGGCAGGGGAUCUCAAAUCAAGUACACAAAAUCGGACAUUCGCCUAAUUGAUGUUCAAGAAAACAUCUGCAACAGGGUAUUGGCGUACAACCUGCACAAAGAGAGGACAGGAAGCAACCGGUUUGCCAAGGGCAUGUCUGAGACAUUUGAAACUCUUCAUAACCUGGUGCAUAAAGGAGUGAAAGUAGUGAUGGAUAUUCCUUAUGAGCUUUGGAAUGAAACCUCUGCAGAAGUGGUUGACCUAAAGAAACAGUGUGAUAAAAUGGUGGAAGAAUAUGAAGAUGUUAUUGAAGACUGGUACAAAAACCACCAGGAAGAAGACCUUUCUUACUUCCUCUGUGCAAAUCAUGUUUUGAAAGGAAAAGACUCCAGCUGCUUGGCAGAGAAAUGGAAUGGCAAGAAAGGGGACACAGCAUCUUCAGGGCAGAAGAAAACUAAGAAAAAAGAUGGCAAAACCAAGAAGAAUACAAAAACAAAAAAGAGGAACAAGGCCGCAGUCGAGCAAGAAAUGGAGAAUGUGGAGCCUGGACCCAAGGAGGCCCUUGAUCAAGCAGAGGCAGAAGGGAACAUUCAGAAAGUGGCUCCACUUUCGCACAAAGCUGAUGAACUUUAGGCUCUUCCCCCACUCCCCUUUCUCUUGAGUGUGGGGCUGCAAGCUUGUACUCAGGCCGCCAAGAAUUGCUUUGGUCUGCUGCAGUUGCAGGAUAGAGACUCUUACUUACUCAAUGGGAAGAUAUUCUAAUUGGGGUCAUUUCCUGAGGAGCAGUGAUCGUGACCACUUGGACUGCAGCUAUCCAGUGUUAUUGUGUGCAGUUAUACCUUCCACAUCACAGGUGCAGGUCGGGUAGAACUCAGCUAGCUCCUGGUGUACGCAGGGGGAAUGGAGCUAGGCAGAAAGCUCUUUCUAGAGAGAGUGAGGUGCCGGCUACUCGGACGAGGCUUACCCCUUGGAAGCUGAGUCAGAUAGCUGUGUUGAUCCCCCCCUCCCCAACUUGCCAAAUAUAACUGUGAGGUGGGAGUUAUAGCAAGGUACAAGCUUUUUUUGUGUGUGACAGUAUUCACGGGUACUGAAUACCAGCACCUUUUUUGGUGGGGUGGGGGGUGGGGGUGUCUCCCAAUCCCUCAGGGGUGAAUUGGCAGAAAUCAGCACAUCCUUAUAGAUGAGUACUGGUGCUCUUUCUUUUCUUUUCUUACAAAAAUGCACUAGGCAUAUGAGGAGAAUAUCUGUUCCUCCAGUAGCUCAUUUUUCCAGCUGUUGUACAAGAUUUGGCUGUGGCCAAGAUAACUUGCCAGCUAUAAUUUGGUACAUUCCCCAAAUCAGUUCCUUGAAAAGGGGGCUCCAGUUCUACCCUUUUAUAUUAUGCAGAUCAUGGAAUUUGCCUGGAGGAAAGUGAGGGAGGGUAAAGGCUCUACUGGGAUAACAAAGGGUAUCAUGCUUUUGUUGCCAUUCCAUUGUUUGGUGAGUCCUCUUCACACCUUACUAAAGGUUCAAUUCUCUAUAGCAGCUCCAGCCUGGAGACAUUUUGCACAUGUCUGUGAUACUUCAUCUUCUCCUACCCACCUGUUGCUGCAGUAAACAGCCUUCCCAAUAUUCUGGUGCAAAGAGUGUAAAUAAAAUGUUUUGCAUAGCUUUUGCUCCAUUUAACCCCUACACUGGCUUGCCAUCUCUG